UCAAUUUUCAUUCAGAUACAAUUAGAUAUUUAAUCAAUCGGUCAUUAAGAUACGCCCAUUGAACCCAUUAGUCUCCUUUAACAAUAAACGUGCGAUGCGCGGGACUCAAUUUAUACCAAAAACCAUCACUUGUGUCUAUUCAAGUAUUCAGAGGCAAUUAAACUUAAUCAAUCGGUCAUCAAAUCGAGCUUUAAAAACUCAUGAUCACUUCUCUCAGGCUAUGUUCACGAUGUAUCGCCUAUUAGCACUUGCUGCGCUGGCAGCAGCCGUUCUGUCAGCUGAGAUUGACCCCUCCCUCACUGAGUGGAAGAAAAUCGACCGAGGUGUAGAAAUAGUGAAAUUUCCUUUGAACAAAUACACUCUGCAGAUUAAGUCGUUCAGGUCGAAUGUGCCAGAGCACGGUGGAGACCCUAUUUAUGCUAACAACACCGUAGUCGACAAGUCAACGUCCAUGCUUGUCCACUACAUGGUUGACGGUAGAAGGAUAGGUCAGUUUGUCUGGAACACCAUACCCUACGUAGCAGGAACCGAUGUGAUCCUGUUCGGAUGUCAAGCUCCCUACUCCCGUUACCGGUCCGAGCCUUGUAAUGGAGAAUUUGAGCAGAUCUGGUCCUGGAAUUUCUCAAAAGGAGGAGCCGUCCUGACUUGCUUCGACACGGUACAGUAUGAGGUUGACUUCGCUCGUGCCAGGAAUCCAUCUUGCAAGAACAUGGGUAGUCUGAAUAUAGAAAAGCUGAGGUUCACCAACAUGGCAGGUUUCUACUACAGGGCAGCUCCCCAACCUGAAGAGCAGGAACCACCAACAGACGGGCCAGAGGAUUUACGAAUAACGUCACCCGAGCCCACAACGGCGACAACACUCCCACCAACCACCACCCCCAUGCCUGUCGGAGACAUCAACCCUACCUGCAACUGCUGGACCAGGGAAUGUGGGUACUGCUCUAAGCUGGAGUGUGCUGUAAAGUACGAUCUCACCAAUGCUGACACUGGCAUCACCGUCAACUCUGUGCUGAACAGGAAGGACUUCAACUACAUCAAGCUCUACAACGGUGAAGGUAAGAAUAUUGGGUACUUCAAGUGGAACCUCAAAGCGAUUUUCCUGGAGGGAUGCAUAUUCUGCAGAUCUCCACGAAUGAAGAGUAUUCUAAAGGGUGACUACAACGAGUGGAACUUUUCUAUGAAGGGCGGAGUGAUCAGGCUCUCAGUGGGAGGAGAGUCAUUCUACGAGAGAAAGCUGGGAAGGGGCUGCAGAACCCAUUACGAAGAUGUCCAAUAUUUCUCGUUCCAACGGAUGUCAUGUGACAGCUCCUUUUUGGUGGGCGACGGUAUGGAACGUGGAAGUUUAAUGGAUAGGACCUGCAACGGACAGUGUGAUGCUUGAGGAGAUGUUGAAGACUCUUUAGCUUUUUAGGUUUUAAAUUUAAACUGUCUAGCUGAAAUUGAAAUUGAAUUUUUGUCGUGAAUUUAUUGACCUUUUGAGGUUUAUUAGCCUGUAUUUGAAGAAUUAAGAUAAAGGAUUCAAAGCCGGUGUCGAAAUGAGCUGAAAAUUGGCCAUGCAGCGGAUGAAUUUCGUUCACUGAAUUAUUGCGUUACUUUGUUAAGAUUUUCUAGGUAACUUAAACAUUUCUUCGGUUUGAAAUCUCGAAAAAAAUCAGGUAUGCACUGUAUUAUACAUGGCAAACAUCUUAGACCAUUUUCAGACUCUAGGCUGCCGAAUGAUAUGAAAUCGUUAAUUGUGACGAACUGAGAAUUUUGAUGUUGUACUUUUAUUAAACUGUCUGUUUGACGUCUGAUAGACUUAUGAACUUAAAUGAGAACAGUUCUUCUGAUAAUCGAUAGUAUGUUAUUCAAUUUAAAUCCUAUAAUAUUAUAUUUUGAGUGAAUUGUAUUUAUAUAUUUCAUUUGUAUUGUCUUAUACCUGUUUAUAACAUGAUCA